AAUUAAAAAUAAACAACAAAAAAAACCUUCCCCACAGAACGGCAUAAUUUUCCCUUAGUAACUAGGUUCAGUGGAUCCAUCCGGUUCAGCCGUUGUCUCGCCCUUCCACGCAGGAUUUAACUAUGAUCCAAUUACCGGAGACAAAUGAGGUGGGGUGGGAACCAGGGUGAGCUUGCCAGAAUGCUCAGGAGUCCUUCUGCCACCCUCACCCUCACUUCGGGUGGAACACUGUGGGGCCAUUACCCUGCCCAAAGCCCGCCAGACCUCCGCCGACGCCCGGCUUCAGCCAGCGGGGCAGGGGGUGCAGCUCCCCUCACUCCGGGCGAGGACGGAGCUCCGAGCAGCUUCAGCCGCCCCAGCCCCCUCGCCACCCCUCAGUCCGCAAAGGAGGCGCGGGCCGCGGACUCCAGCCCAGAGCCCGCGCAGCCGCCCGCUCCGCGCGGUCACCUGCCGCUCCCCGGAAGCCUCUGCGCCGCCCGCCCCACUGCCCUGUUCCCCCGGGGCCGAGGUGCCGGGACCCACCCGGCAGCAGCGCAGCCGGAAACUGGCCCCGCGACUUCCUCACGCCGGGGUCGCAGCUGGCCGGCUUGUAGGCGGGGCGAGAGGACUGCGACUUCCGGCUUCCUGCUUCCGGCGUGGCGAAUUUAAUCUUCUCAAGAGAGUCCAUUAAAACCAAAGAGGACGACUGACAACCAGGGGUCAUCUGAAGUUGACUGGCUCCCAGGACAAAGAGAUUGCUGGUCAAGCAUAAGUUUUCGUAAGACUGCUACAGAGAUGUUUGAUGUAAAGGCUUGGGCUGAAUAUGUUGUGGAAUGGGCUGCAAAGGACCCAUAUGGUUUCCUCACAACAGUCAUUUUGGCCCUGACUCCACUGUUCCUAGCAAGCGCCAUCUUGUCCUGGAAAUUGGCCAAGAUGAUUGAAGCCCGGGAGAAGGAGCAAAAGAAGAAACAAAAACGUCAAGAAAAUAUUGCAAAAGCUAAACGACUGAAAAAAGACUGAACAGAUGAACAGGCCCUGCCAGCAGAAAAAAGGUCAUUUGGGAAAUUUUGCAGCUUUGGAAAGACCCUAUAAGGUUUCUUUGGAUUUCAUGGAAGUUAUUACUAUCCAUAUAGAAGAAUUAUUCUGGAAUCUGACCUGAAUACUGUAGUGACUUUUAGGCUUGGGCAUAGAUGUUUGUUGGUGACCAUUGUAAUUAUUACAGAUUUGUAAUGAUUAUACUGUUUGAACAUAUCACUGAUGCCUAUCCCAGGAUACUCUAAAAUCCAAAACUUGUAUGCACAGAUGUGAUGCCACAAGUGGAAAAUUCCAUAGCUAACCUCUGAUGGGUCUCAGUCAAAAUACAAAUGUAACAUAAUACACUUUCUUCCAGAUUAUAGGAACAUGAAUUUCUUCAAGAUGUUGCACCGUGUAUAUGCAAAUAUUCCAAAAUCUGAAAACAACUAAAACAUUUCUAGUUCCAGGCAUUUCAGAAAAGGAAUAUUCAACUUGUAUAAAUUUUUUAUUGUUGAUUUAAUCAUUUGCCAUUUUUUUACCUAUGUUCUGCAAUAUAAAUAUCCUGUGGAAACUAAUGGCUUUACAUUAUGAACUCUAUUCAAAUAGUGGUUUAAAACAAUCCUGUACUUUUUAAAAUGUUAAAGUCAAACUUGUUUUUGAAGUGAAAGUUUGCUUAGGCUUAAAAGAGACAGUAUAUUAAUCACAUUUUUUAAAAUCAUUGCUUAUUUUUUUGAAUUACUUCUGGCUUUUCCAAAGCAAAGUAAUACUAAUCAACAAAUACAUCUAUUCUGUAUUUUUCUGAUUUUAGCCUUUGAGAAAACUGGUAAUUAUUAAGACAUUCUGCAUUUUUUAAAACCUAAUUUUUUAAAAAAACUGUCUUAUUUUGAUUAUGUACAGUAUCACCUACUGGAUGUAAUAAUUUUUGUACUUACAAACACUGCCACUUUCUUAGAGAUGAGUUGUUGAGUAAUGCUAUGAUUUAAACCUUGCAGUAAAAAUGCCAAAUACUGUAAUACCUUGGAAGCAGUUUUUUCUUGUGCUAAAACUGUGAAAUAGUUAAAAUGUUUUAUCAGAUAAUUUGCUCAUUAUAUAGGUAACACUUUUUAUUCCAUUCUUUGUUUUACUUAUAAUGAUGUAUUAUUGGUCAAAUAGGUUCAGAUGAAGAUUAACUAUUUUUUUAAGGAGCUUUUAAAGAGCUAACACUUAAGUCAUACUUCAUAAAUGGUAAAGGCUUAAAAUUAGGAACAUUUGGUUGGAGAUAAUAGUAAUUGUAGGGUAAAUUAUUUCAAAAUAAGGAUGUGCUCUAGUUAGGUCCAAACUAUAAAAUCUUUUGACUAAAUAGUAUAACUAGAACUUUUGACUAUUAAACAUAGCUUUUCUAAAUGCAUGAUCUAGUAAUUUUAUUUACUAUAGCAUUUAAUAGUUUGUUUUCUGCACCUCUCAUGAUGAAUUUUAAGUUACAGUGAUUAUCCAACAGCUCUAAGAAUGAAACAAAUAAAUUUGAUACUUUUUAGAAGA